AUGCCUAAAGGGAUUGAAAAGAGAGCAUGCGAACAGAUAACCCGCUCCUGCAUAUUUGUACCUGUAAAGGUAAAUCCAAAACAAAAAGUCGAAGGUCGAAUUGAUUUCCAACAACAAGUCAGUUGCAGUGUGAUUUUCCGAGGACUGUUAUCCACAGUUCAUUCUCCCGAUGCAACCGGCUAUGAUACUCUUCUUGCACACUACAAGAUCUAUAUUUCCAAAACCCCCGAUGUUACAGACCCUGAUUUCUUCGAUCUAGGAAAGCAUAUCACUACACCUUCUGAACCAGACAGAAUCAAUGAAUCUUUUUCCAUCACAUUACCACCAGUCAUACCAGGAGAAAAAUUUCCUGCAGAUUUUUUACGACUGCAAAAAAUAUUAUUGCGUGGUAGCGUUCAAAGGAACCCCGGAUAUUAUUCUUGGAUCUACUCUGGUCAUUGA